UUGGGCAGUGCUGGGAGGUGGGAAUCGUUAGGUUCGUUCCGGACACGGCGCCCCAUGGCCCAGGCGUCUCGCUCCGGUGGCCUUCUGCCUCCGCUCGCUGCCGUGCCGCCGUUGACGGCGCAACCCGGAGGCGCUGUGGAGGAGCAGUGGGAGAGAAGGCAGGCGGGGACUCCUCGCGGGGACUUUCGUGGCUGGCCGUGGCUGCCGGUUGCCGGGAGCAUCCCCUGCCUGGACCCGCGGCCCCGCGGAGCUCGGGGAGGGCGGCCGUGGUGGGCGGCGCCGGCGGACGCAGGAGAGCACCAAGAGGAAGGCGCCGCGGACUCGUGGCGGGAGCCGGCAGCCGGCCGCCCGAUCCCUCCCGCGCUGCAGCGUCUCCGGGCGGUGUUGCUGCGGCUGCAUCGCGAGCGACAGCAGCUCCUCCAUGCCCGGGACUGCGCCCGGCACCUACAGGCGGCCGUGCGCCUCCUGAGGGUCCUGAGUCCCAGCGCGCAGGUCCCCGGCCCCGGCCCCUUGCCUCCGCUCUGCCGCGACCUGCUACCGCACCCUUCCCGAGGGGCUGUCCUGCGAAUCGGCCUACGGGAGACUCCCGUACGGCUCCUCCUGGCGCGCCCCGUCGGACUGGCCGCCCAGCGCCUGGAUGCUGCCAUCGAGAUGCAGCUUCGGGCUCUGGGUCGCGAGCCGGCCAGCCCCGGCUUGUCCUCCCAACUUGCCGACGUGCUGCUGGCGCUUCCCGCCUACCACCAGCUGCAGGGAAAAGCCUUGAGCCAUGUCCCCGGGGCAGCGCGCCCUUUCCCGCCGGCCCGUGUGCUCCGCCUCCUGACAAGGGAGCGGGGUUGCCAGGUGGCUGGUCAGCUAGAUGAGGCGCUCAAGGGAUCGGGCUUGCGGGAUCAGCUCCGCAGUCGGUGCCAAGAGGAGCGGGAGCUGCUGCCCGGGCUGCUGGGGCUGCUGGGGGGCGUGGCGGAUUCAGCUAGCAGUGGACUGGGGCUUGAAGGGGCUGGAGCCCUGUGGAGCCGGUACUGGACCCUGCUGUGGGCAGCUUGUGCUCAGAGUCUGGACCUAAGUCUAGGACCCUGGAGGGACCGCAGGGCAGCGGCACAACAGCUGAGUCAGGCACUGGGUCAGGCAUCCCUGCCUCAGGAGUGUGAGAAGGAGUUGGCUUCUUUGUGUCGCAACCUAUUUCAUCAGUCUCUUAUCUGGAGCUGGGACCAAGGUUUCUGCCAGGCCUUGGGAUCUGCUGGUGAAGAUCAGAGCAGCCUUCCCUCAUCCUCUCAUACCACUGAACUUUUGCAACAGCUCUUCCCUCCUCUCUUGGAUGCCCUUCGAGAACCCAGGUCAGGGCUACUCCUCUGUCAGCCUCCAGGUCCUGCACCACUUGCUCUGGGGCUCUGUACCCUGCAGGCCACCUUGGUCUGGUUUUUGGGCCAAACUCAGCAGCAUCUGGCAGCAUGGGCCCCAGGUUCCUUCCUGGUCCUGAUCCAGAAGAACUUACCUCCUCUAUUGCAUGAGGCAGCAGCUCUGUCUAGACUGGCCUCAGAGGAAAGUUUGGCCCUGGAAGUGGAGCAGCAGCUGGGCCUGGAGAUCCAGAAGCUAACUGCACAGAUCCAGCUCCUGCCUGAAGAGUCACUAAGUCUCUUUUUUCAAGAAUGUCAUAAACAAGCCACACAGGGCUUCGAACUCCACAUGCCACGGGGUCGGUACUGGCGGCAUCGUCUCUCUCCUGAACUGCCCAGCAUUCCUAGUGAGUAUGCUGGGUUGGUGGUUCGCACUGUACUGGAGCCUGUGUUGCAAGGAUUGCAGGGAUUGCCACCCCAAGCCCAGGCCCCUGCCCUUGGCCAGGCACUGACAGCCAUCCUGGGUGCCUGGCUUGACCACAUCCUCGCGCAUGGGAUCCGGUUCAGCCUGCAGGGGGCGCUGCAGCUCAGACAAGACUUUGGAGUGGUCCGGCAGUUGCUGGAGGAGGAGCAGUGGGGCCUGUCCCCUGAACUUCGCCAGACUCUGCUCACCCUCAACAUCUUCCAGAGGCUGGAUGGGGCCCUGCUGUGUCUAUUCCAGCAGCCCCUGCCCAAGCCUGAGGUCCAGAGGAGGGCUCCCUGUUGCUGUACCUGCAAUGAGGUCCAGUCCAUGGAACUACCCAGCAGCAGCCUCAACAGCCUGGAAAGCUUGGAGCCCCCUCUUCGGCCUGGAGCACCCCCAGCCCAGACAGCUCAGCUGCUAAGCACUCUGUGGGGAGGGGGGCCUAGCCCAGAGGCUUACCUGGUGGGAAAUCAGCAGGCCUGGCUUGCCCUGAGGCAGCACCAGCGCCCCCGUUGGCACUUGCCUUUUCUUUCCUGCCUGGGGAUCAGUCCUGAAUCCUGAGGAGCCUGGGACCAGGAGCCAGAAAGUCAGAGCUCCCCAUCUCUGGCUGGAAAAGCCCAGACAUUUAGAACUGCAUAUUAAAGAAGCCUACAUUUGGGAACUUAGAAGAAAGGUGACCUGAGAACCGCAAGCUACAUAGAGCCUGGACUUAUAAGCGAGGAAUCCAAGAUCAAUCCAGUGCCUGCAAUCCAGAGUAAAGAGCCAAACCACAGCCUGGAACCUGGAGGUCAGCAUCCAAGGGAGGCUCAGGCCUAGUUCCCCAACAGUGAAGACCUCUCACGGCUAGGCGCUGCGAGAAGGGCCAUAGGGUUGGAUCCCAGAGGAAAGGGAAAGAGAAAAACCAAUCGAAAGCAGAGAGACUAGGAUGCCACUUUUAAGUCCCAGGAGCCAGGCUAAACACUAAGUUAGUUCCUCGGGAACCACAGAGGUGGAAUAGGCAUUUCUACACUUGGAUCAGUCCCGAGGGUUGUAUUACCCUAUACUCGCUGUCUCGUAACUAUCUUCAGUCACUUAAGAAUACUGGGCUAAAGGACCUUCACGUUUAAACUGUGGUUACUCAGAGUUCAACAUGUUUAAUCUUCAGUUACCAGAGUAGGGUUUACCCCCUGGUAGCUGUAUAAUCCCUGCCAUGGUCGUGUCCUCACCGAAGGGACCGGCGCUUAAGAUGGUGUUAACCUAGAUCUGGCACAGCCGCGUACAGCGUACGGAAGGCGUAAAGGCUGCAGAAGACGGACGUGUUAUCGGAGCCAGGCGCAACGGCUUUUGCAAUAUUUAUCGGCUUCACCGUGGUACAAGAGGACUUUUAAUGAUAGGUGUUUACUGACUGCUUACUUUGGGGCCCUCCAUACCCUGUGUGGAAACUACCUCCCUCCCUGCUGGCCUUCCUCCUCCUCUCGGGCCGGGGAGCCCGGGGCGGCGGUCGGGGUCGGGGGCAAGCACCACGGAACGCCGGCGCCGGAAUCGGAGGGUCGGAGAGCUGCACCGGCAACAGCCGAGGGCAGGAAGGGGAGCAUUGCGGUGGAGGACACUUCCGGCCGCACUAGGCCUUCCGGGGCGGAGGUCACCAUGGCGGCGUCCUGAGCUCGGCUCGGCCUCCGAUCUGUGAAGCAGGUUCGGGUUCAAUUCUGCCCCUUCGAGAAGAAUGUGGAGUCAACGAGGACCUUCCUCCAGGCGGUGAGCAGCGAGAAGGUCCGGUCCACUAACCUCAACUGCUCGGUGAUUGCGGACGUGAGGCACGACGGCUCCGAGCCCUGCGUGGACGUGCUGUUCGGUGGGCUCCGGAGACGGGCAUCGCCUGGUUAUGCGCGGCGCUCACCUCACUGCUCAAGCAAUGGUCACAGCCUUUGCCUCCCACAUCCAGGCCAGGGCUACAGCGGGAAGCGGGGACAAGCCCGGCGCUGGUACCGGGCGCUGACAGUGCAGAAAAGCCCAACAAUCAGAUUUUAGCUUGGGAUUGUUAGGAUACCUACCUAAGAAGAGCUUGAGAGACUUCAUCACUCGAAUCACCGUCUGAAGGGACACGGAGCGCCAAAAAAAAAGAGAGAGAGAGGGUCCCGUGAUUACUGAUAAACCAACGUUUCUGGAACGAGACACGAUCAGAUAGGGGUCUGGACAAACUUGAAUUUAUUUCACUUUCUUACCAUCGGCCCGUGCUUAACCCUUUUGAAUUUGGUUUCUUCCGUCACUCACUCAAGGUACCUCUUAGUCAUCGGCCAAAUCCAGUGCUGUUUUUCUCGGUCCUCAUCUUUCCAUCUCAGUAGCAUCUGCCACUUUUAAUUCACUCCCUUGUGGAACUUCUCUUCCUCUUGGGUCUUCUUCCUUUUAAUCAUAAAAGUGUACUGCUCUCAUCCUUCACUUUUUUCUCUAUUUCUGGGGCAUUUCAUCCUCUGUCAUAACAGAGGGUUAAAUCCUGCAUUUUUCUUUGGCUCUAAUCUCAACUACUCUGCUAAAGUCAGGUUACAUACUACUGAUUUCCUCCAAAUUCCACAACACUCUUUGUCCAAAAUAGAAUUGAUCAUCUUAUAUACACAUAUACUUGCCUCUUCCCCUGACUUCGCCAUUCCUUUUAAGGGCACUCAUCUGCUCAGCCACUGGGGCUGGAAACCAUAGCAUUAUCUCUGGUUCUGCCCUCUCCCUUUCCCUGCAUAUCCAGUCAGUAAGUUCAGAAUAUUCUGUCUUAAACAAAAGCUUCUGAAAUGUUUUCUCCAUUCCCAUUCAUUUAACUGUAUCAUUGUAUUCUGCACCCAGUCUCCUUUUUUUCUGAUCAUUUUUGCUGCUGCUUAACUUUAUUUUUCAAAGCACAUCACUGUUUUUAUGUCUUGCUACUACUUGCUUCACACUGUGCCUAACAUGUUUUUCAUACUGGGUGUGGAUCAUGAAAUCAAUUUAGGGGGAUAAAUCAACCUUUAAAAAACAAAGUAAAAUAGAACAAAAAGUAUCAGAGUGCAUGGCACAGGAAUGGGAAGUAUUCUUUUAAGAAAUUGUUCAGCCUAUAAUCAUAAAUAUACGUAUAUAAAAUAGAAACUAUGUAUAUAUGUGUGUAUCUGCAUGUACUUGGUUGCAGUGUAGAAUUAUUCUUACCUCGGAUUGUAGGAAAAAUGGUUGAUGGCUACGGGUUUAGAGAACUUCAGAAUGCUUAGCUAGGCAAUCAAGGAUCUCUUGACACUGGCUGCUUGUGUCCUUUGCCAAAUACAUUUUCCAUGACUUUGCUACAGCGUUAGUACACUGCUGCUCUGCUUAAAAGGGUGCGAUCUUCAAGAGCUGGUUUUUCCCCCCUCCCCCUUUAAAAAAGAAACUACCAAAAAACAACCUACCAGGAGGGAGUAUGGUGUAGUAAAGAGCCAGAAUUCCUGGGGUUGAAAUCCUAACAUGGUCCCUAAGUAGCUCUGUGACUGUGGAAAAAUUACUUAGUCUCAGUGCCUGUUUCCUCACUAGUAAAAUGGGGAUAAUAGUACCUAUCUCCUAGGACUGUUGAGAGGAUUAAAUGAGUUGGUAUCUGUAGAGCGCCUAGAACAUUACCGUGAGCAUAAGUGUUGUCUAAGGCCUUAUGCUAUAGCCGAAAGGAUACUGCCCGCUUAGAUUGUAGUUCCUCAGCUUGAUGGUUAACUGGCUGUUAUCUCUGGCCAGAUUUUACCACUGUCCUCAUCUGUAAAUAUGGGGAUGGUUCAGACAUUGCUGUAAACAUAGAUUGAAUGCUGGCACUGUGAACUUGAGGUUGGGGCUGUUUUUUCUGUGUCCCCUGCACUUUACAUAGUGCCUGAUACAUAGUGUGCAAUAAACAUGUCUUGAAUUUACAAAUA